AUCAAGGAGCAAUUUGAAAAGAUGAUGGAAAAUAAAGAAAACAGCGACUGUCUUAAGGAUCUACACCAGACAGAUCCCCGCGACGAUAAGACGCACAUACAGCGCACCAAAGGCGACUUGUUCAAGGACUCAUACCGCUGGGUCCUUAGUCACAACGAUUUCAAGCAAUGGCGCGACAAUCCUCAAUACAGGCUGCUUUGGAUCAAAGGAGAUCCCGGAAAAGGAAAGACAAUGCUUCUAUGCGGUAUCAUCGACGAGAUUGAGAAGUCAACCACUAUGCAUUGCCUAUCCUAUUUCUUUUGCCAGGCUACGGAGGUGCGACUAAGGACUGCAACAGCAGUGCUGCGAGGUCUUAUAUAUAUGAUAAUUACCCAACGGCCGUUACUAAUCUCACACGUUCGAGAGAGAUACGAUAGUUCAGGAAAGAAGCUUUUCAAUGAUGCCAAUGCUUGGGAGGCACUUUCUAAGCUUCUUAUGGCUAUCUUGAAUGACCCAAGCUUAAAGGACGCAAUCUUGAUCGUUGACGCUCUCGACGAGUGUGUUGAAGGACUGCCACUUCUUCUUAAGUUUCUUUCCCAAGCUUCCAGUUCAUCGCGAGCCAAAUGGAUUGUUUCAAGCCGUAAUUGGCCUCUUAUCGAAGAAAACCUUGAUACGGCUAUGCAGGGAGUUAGGCUAUGCCUUGAGCUUAACGAGACUUCAGUUUCUGCCGCUGUAAAAGCCUACAUCCAACAUAAAGUACAAGAAUUAACUGAGAAAAAAGCCUACAAUACUACCACGCAACACGCUGUUGAGCGUCACUUAACGUCAAACGCUCAUGGUACUUUUCUUUGGGUGGCUUUGGUUUGCCAAGAACUCGGAGAUCCUAAGGUUAAAAAACGACAUACUCUUGACAAAUUAAAGACAUCAUAUCCACCAGGGCUUGAUCCUCUAUACCAGCGGAUGAUGGAGAAUAUUCGCGACUCACUUGAUGCGGAAAUUUGUCGGCAGAUCUUGGCUAUCGUUUCAGUCGUGUACCGCCCAAUCACGUUGGCAGAGCUAAGCAUACUUGUAGACUCUCACGAUGACUAUGAAAACGACGAGCUACCGGAUGUUAUAGGAUCUUGUGGCUCAUUUUUAACUAUUCGAGAUGAUGUGGUCUACUUUAUACAUCAGUCAGCAAAAGAUUUCCUGCUUGAUAAAGCAUCCGACCAAAUUCUGGCCGCUGGUAUAGGCCACCAGCACCAUAUUAUUUUCUCAAGGUCAUUAAAAAAUUUGACCAAGUCGCUGCAGCGUGAUGUAUACAAACUACGACUUCCAGGCUUUCCCAUCGAACAGGUCUCUUUGCCUGAUCCAGAUCCAUUGGCAUCGAUGACCUAUUCUUGCAUCUAUUGGAUCGACCACUUUAGCGACCCAGAAUGCUUGAAGGCACUGAAUCUUGAGAGCAGACACCGGAGCGAAAAGGCUAUCCUCAAAUUUUGUGAGCGGAAAUACUUAUAUUGGCUGGAAGCUCUGAGUCUGUUACGUCGCAUAUCAAAGGGAAUACUCGCAAUUCAAAAACUAAAAGAUGUUCAAACACCGCAGCUUGCCGAAUUACUCCAAGAUGCACAUAAAUUUUUUCUUUCAAACAAGAGAGCGAUAGAAUCUGCUCCAUUGCAAGCUUAUGCAGCCGCACUUGUAUUUAGUCCUUCGCAAAGCAGGGUGAGACGACUUUUUAUAACCGAAGAGCCGGAAUGGAUCCUCACCAAACCGCAUGUGGAGACGCACUGGCCUGCUUCGCUCAACACUCUUGAGGGCCAUACCAAUGAGAUUACGCAGAUUGCCUUUUCCCAUGAUUCAUCACUCAUAGCAUCUAGCUCAUGGGACAAGAGAAUCCGUCUCUGGCGAACCAAUACAGGCGACUGUAUGCAAGUACUUGAAGGCCAUAAACGCCCCAUUACGUCGGUUGCCUUCUCGCACGACGCAGAACUCUUAGCAUCCGGCUCAUGGGAUGGCACAGUCCGGCUCUGGCGUGUUAGCACAGGCGACUGCCUGAAAAUACUUGAAGGCCAUACCGAAAAAAUACAUUCAAUUGCCUUCUCUUUUAAUUCGGAAUUUAUAGCAUCGGCUUCAAUUGAUGGCUCUAUCCGACUGUGGGACACUGAUUCAGGCAAUCAUAUACACAAACUACAGCUUAAUGGUACUGAUGUCACAUCGAUUGCUUUCUCGCCCAAUUCAGCGCUCGUGGCGUCGGCUUCAAUGGAGAAUGAUGAGGGGACGAUCUCGCUCUGGUGCACCGAAACAGGGAGACGGAUACGGGAUCUACGAGGCCAUUCAAAGGGGAUUAUAUCAAUUGCUUUCUCACAUGACUCGUCGCUUUUGGCAUCAGCUUCUGCAGAUCACACUGUCAGAAUCUGGCACACCAACACGGGCGAGUGUGCGCAAAAGCUAUACCACGGCAGGGGACUCGGAGAAGUUGCCUUCUCGCAUGACUCUGUUCUUGUAGCAUCAGCUUCCGGGCGUGAGAUACGACUCUGGCGCACUGCCACAGGCAACCGCGUACAAACGCUGAUCACAGGUAAAUUGAUUGGGUCAAUUGCCUUCUCACAAGAUUCAGAACUUAUGGCAAUAGGUUUGUGGGAUGGUGACGUUUAUAUAAAGCACGUCGCAACGGGUGCCCAUGUGCAGACAUUAGAGGGCGUUGACAUUGUUGCAUCAGUCGCUUUCUCGCCUGACUCAGCACUGGUGGCAGCUGUCGCGGGGCGUGAGGUCCGGCUCUGGCGCAUCGACACAGGUGAAUGCCUGCAAUGUAUCGACGUUGGUGCUAGAUUACAGGAUCUAUCAAUUACAAGCGUUAAUUCGCGAAUCCUUACCAAUAUUGGCUCUAUCAUUUUUGAUAGCACAGAUAUAGCCCAUACGAAGAUUCCAGCUCAUUUUUCAGGCAUUGGCGUGAGAGGCGACUACAGUUGGAUUACGUGGAACGACAAUAAUGUACUCAGGCUGCCGGCGAAACUUGGCGCGUGUCAUUCGGCCAUAUCAAGAUCUACUGUCACCAUCGGCUGUGAAUCAGGACGGGUGAUUAUUAUCCAUUUUUCGACUGAAGAGCUAUCAAAACUCUAUGAUUGCGUUGAAGACAGCUGUAUAGCCUAA